AUGAUUACGGCACCUGACGAUUUUGGAUAUGGGCGUCAUAUUGUAAUGAUUGCUGGUACUUUUCCUGAAGAUUUAACAGCAGCAUCUAAAGUUCUGGCAUAUUCUUACAAUAAUGGCUUUAGAAUUCGAACAUCAAAUCUGGAUAAUACAAAAUUUCUUUAUACAUUAGAUGUUGACUCUCAAAAUGGGAAGACUUUCGAUGAAGCUUAUUGUUCACAAAUAUUGCGAGGAGUGCACAAAUCUAGUAACUUCUCUGUAACAGUUGCAUAG